AUGGCAUAAAAAAAAACAACGGAAGUAAAUUCAGGAUGGAUAAUACCAGAUUAAAUAGCUUGGUUAGUUCAAGAUGGAAUAAAUAUGGCUGAAAGCAGUAUGGACGAAUUAUACGUUAAAGCAAAGAUAAUAGGUUUUAACAAGUAAACAAAAAUAGCCACAUGUAAAAUUGAAGAUAAUGGUAAAUAAGUUGAAGUUUCCACAUCGCGACUUUAAAUAAGGGCAUUAUUAAAAGAAACAUAUUAAGAUAUGGUAAAUAUGGAUAUUCUAAACGAGCCUGAAUUACUAUUAAAUUUACGAACUAGAUUCGAUGAUAAUAAAAUAUAUACAUAUGUCGGCCCUACCUUAUUAGCGGUUAAUCCUUUCAAAGGAAUCGAAGGAAUGUAUUCUGAAAGUAAUUUAAAGUCAUAUAUGUGUAUUGUCGAUGGAAGUUCCACAGAUAAGGGUUUAUAUAAAAAGUUAGCACCUCAUGUUUUUGGAUUAACUGCUUAGGCUUUUAAAGAUUUGUUCGAAAAUAAUAAAAAUUAAGCUUUGGUUAUUUCAGGAGAAUCCGGAGCUGGGAAAACUGAAAAUACGAAAUAUUGCAUGAAGUUUUUAACUUCUUUAGGUCAAUAUAUGCAUUCUUAAGACUAAAAAGAGCAUAAAGCUACAAAUGAAACUUCUAUAGAAGAUAAAAUUUUAAGUUGUAAUCCAAUUUUAGAAGCCUUUGGUAAUGCUAAAACUGUCAGAAAUGAUAAUUCGAGCCGUUUUGGUAAAUAUGUUACUAUGAUAGUCAACAAAAAAGAUAAAAGUAUAAUAGGUGCUUAAAUUAUUAAUUAUUUAUUAGAAAAAGCUCGUAUAACUUAAUAAGGUCAAAAUGAAAGAAAUUUCCAUAUAUUUUACCAUUUUCUAAAAGGUGCUAAAAAAGAAGUUUUAUAAAAAAAUUUCCUUACCUAUCCUGUAAAUUUCGAAGAAUACGAAUAUCUAAACAAAUCUAAAUGUUAUGAAGUAGGUAAAUUAGACGAUAUAGCUUUGUUUAAUGAAGUAGAAGAGUCUUUUUAACUUUUAGGUUUUUCGGAAGUAAAGGACUCUAUUUUUGCAUGUUUAUCCGCCAUAUUGAAAAUCGGGAACAUAAAAUUAGAUGAAUCAACCUAUACAGACUAAACCCCUUGUAAAAUAAAAGACUCUAAUUUAAUUUCUUAAAUAUGUAAACUUCUAGAAGUAAAUUAGACUGACUUAGCAAACGGAAUCACCAAUAAAUUAAGGAAGGUUCAAAAACAGGAAUUUUUAAGUCCUUUAACACCCUCAGAAUGCAUAAAUAUGAAAGAUACAGUCGCUAAAUAUUUAUACGAGAAACUUUUCAAUUGGAUAGUCAUAAAGCUUAACUAAAUAAUCAUUCCGGCAGGUUAUGACCCUAAUAAUGGUUUAACAGGAGGAAUUGGUCUUUUAGAUAUCUAUGGAUUCGAAGUUUUUAAAGAAAAUGGUUUCGAGUAGUUUUUCAUUAAUUAUACAAAUGAGAAAUUAUAAUAAUUAUAUAUCCAAUAUGUAUUUAAACAAGAAGAAUAAAUCUUCAUAAGCGAAGGCCUUCAAAGCUGUUUAUAAUAUUUAACUUUUACCGACAAUAAGCCUGUAAUUGAUUUACUUGAUCAACCUCCAAAUGGCAUUUUUAACACUUUAGAUGAUAUUUGUUAAACUAAAGGGGACGACUCUAAAUUUUUGAAUAAAAUAAGGCAAAUUCAUAAAAAUAAUAAGUAUUUUAUAACACCGAAAAUAGCUUCUAAAGCCAAUUUUACAAUCGUUCAUUCGGCAAAAGAAGUAGAGUAUACUGCAACUAAUUUUACAGAAAAAAACGUAGAUUCUUUAUAAGAUUUACUGGUGAAUACAUUAUCUGAAUCUAAAAAUAUGCUUUUCAAAACACUAUUUUCUUUUUCUAAUGAAAAUGCGGAUACGAAAAAUAAAGCCAAAUCCUUAGGUGGUAAAUUUAGAGUCGAAAUGUAAGUACUUAUGAAUGAUUUAAUGGCUUGUGAUUGUCAUUUUAUUAGAUGUAUUAAACCCAAUGAUGAAAAAAAAAAAGACCUUUUUAAAACUAUUUAUUCUUUAGCGCAAGUUAGGUCUUUGGGUGUCCUUGAAUCUAUUAAGGUUAGAAAACAAUCUUAUCCUAUAAGGAAAACUUUUGAAUAGUUCUAUAGUAGGUAUGCUAUAGCUGCUUAAGAUUUUAGAUCUCCAUAAUAAUUGAUUGAUUAAAAUGUAGAUUUUAAGGAACUUACUAAUAAAUUAUUCGAAACUAUAUUUAAAUCGUAAUAAACAAGUACUG